AUGGAGGAACAGCAAAGCAGUACGGAUAUUAAUUUUACCCCUGAUCCAGGGGGAGCAAAAGCAACAAAGAAUUCUUCCUAUGACCAAAGCCCUGAGGAAAUUAUCAGUAGACAGAUGAGUGAACAGGGCCGAUUUGCCUAUGCUGCCUUGUGUGGCGUGUCACUGGGACAUUUAUUUACUGGGAAUGAAAACAGUGCAUUCAGGGAACAGUACCUGAAGGGGUUGGUCGGCUGGCUAGACCUUGAUGAAUCUGUGAUGCCCGUCAUGGGGGCCUUCCUGUCAGGCCUGGGUUUUGAGGGCUCUGACACCUUCUUGUCCAUCCUGCGAGCUGAACCACUAAUGGCUACAGGAGCUAUCCCCAUCAUACAGGACUUGGUGUCUUUCUCAGUGAAAGAUGGCCACUAUGAUGCCAGAGCAAGGGUGCUCAUCCGGCACGUUGGCUUUUUGCUCCGAGUGUCUCCACAAGAGCUGGAAGACUUUGAGGAGACGCUUGGUGAGAAGCUGAGGGAAGGAGGAGAGGAGAGCGAGGAGGAGUCAUCCAGGCGACAGAGGAGAGAAAGGGGUCGAAAAUUAAGACGCUAUCUCCUCGUUGGACUAGCAACUGUUGGUGGUGGAACUUUAAUUGGCGUAACUGGUGGGCUGGCAGCCCCCUUAGUGGCAGCAGGGGCCGGCGCUGUGCUGGGGGCUGGUGGGGCUGCUGCUCUGGGGUCGGCUACAGGCAUCGCAAUCAUGGCCUCCCUGUUUGGGGCAGCUGGAGCUGGACUUACCGGUUACAAGAUGAAUAAGUGUGUCGGUGCAAUAGAGGAAUUUGAGUUCUUGCCGCUCAGCUCUGGAAAGCAUCUUCAUCUUACCGUAACAGUGACAGGGUGGCUCUGCACUGGUAAAUACAGCUCGUUCCAGGCUCCUUGGUGCAGCCUGGGAGUGUGUGGGGAGCAGUACUGUUUGGUGUGGGAGUCACGUUUCCUCAGAGAUCUGGGCUCGGCCAUGACCUCUCUUUUAGAUGGGCUGGUCAGCAUGAUGGCUCAGGAAGCCCUGAAGUACACAGUUCUCUCAGGUAUUGUAACUGCUCUGACAUGGCCUGCCUCUUUGCUGGCUGCCGCCAGUGUCAUCGACAAUCCCUGGUGCGUUUGUUUGAACCGCUCGGCUGAGGUGGGGAAACACCUUGCUCAGGUUUUGAGAAGCAGACAGCAGGGGAAGCGGCCAGUCAGUCUGAUAGGUUUCAGUCUCGGAGCUAGAGUUAUCUACUUCUGUCUUCAGGAGCUCGCUAACGAGGAAGGCAGUGAAGGUGUUGUGGAGGAUGUGGUCCUGCUGGGGGCUCCAGUGGAUGGCUCAGAGAAGGCCUGGGAGAGAAUCACCAAGGUGGUGGCUGGAAAAAUAGUCAAUGGAUACUGUAGAGGGGAUUGGCUCCUUGGGUUCUUGUACCGAAGCUCAGCUGCCCAGCUGUGUGUUGCUGGGCUACAACCAAUUAACAUCAAGGAUCGACGUGUUAUUAAUGUAGACCUUUCCUCUGUGGUGAAAGGUCACUUAGACUACAUGCAUCAAAUGGACACCAUCUUGGUGGCAGUGGGAGUUCCCACCAAAGAGGUCCCAGGAUCCUCCUUUGUGCUUCCUCAACCUGUAACUACUACAAAGGGACCAACAGACACUCAUCCCCAAGCUGAAAUAAAGCACCCCUUGCGGGAGACCCAAAGUCCCAUCCUGGAGGAUGAGACUUGUCUGGCAGACAUUGGUGAGGAAUCAACAAGGACUACGGAGAUUGCAGAUGGCUGGGAUGUCCCCGAUAUCUCAGACCUUUUGGAUGCUCUCAAUAGUGAGGAUAACGAGUCUGAAACUCCACCCAGAACAAUGAACAAUAUACCUGUCUGUCAGGGGAGUGCCACUGAUGAUAGACUUGUUUUUAAUGAGAGUGAUGAUGAACAUGUGUCUUGGGGCUGGGAAGAUGCACACUGGACUGCUGAGCACAGCCACACACAAACAGGACCAAAGCUGUAG